AUGUCAGAGUAUCAGACGAGCAGCCGAGAGGCUGACGCGCACACGGUUGCCGCGGAGACGAGCAGCCGAGAGGCUGACGCGCACACGGUUGCCGCGGAGACGGCGGUCGAGCUGGACGCGAUCACCGUGGAGAUGCGCGACACGUCGCCGUUCCGCCGUGACGACGGCAAGCGACAGCACGUGCAGCAGCAGGACCGCAGCGAUGCGGGGGCGGGGGCGGCGGCGGCGGGGAGAGCGUCCCCACCGUUCAGCCGCGCGGACGAGUGCAGGAGGAACCUGCGUGGGAUGCGGGGCGAGCACGGCAGGCCCGCGGGGGACCGACCGCGCAGCGAGGACUUGGUGCUCAUCAGCAUGCCGGACCCCCCCGCCGCCGCCGCCGCCGCGAACAAGUCGCUCCCCACGAUCGACGAGCCGGGGCGCGCCGCGGAGACGGCCCCCGGGGGUCGUCGCCCCGCCGCCGCGGUCGCCGCGCCGCCCGGCAGCAAGGAGGAGCUGUCGCAGAGUGACGAGGGCGUGCUGACGCAAGACACGAGCCAGGAGGACCUGCUCCCCGGUGACCGCCAGCAUCCCCCGGCAACGACCGCCGACUCCGAGGACAGCAGCGGCAUCCUCGACGACGCCGACGACGCGGACUUCUCCGCCGAAAACCAGCUGAUGGUGCGCAGCAGCGCGCUCGAGCCGGGGUCGCCCGGCUCCGUUGCCGCGGCGAUGAUCGCCAUCGGAGCGCAGCGGGAGAUGCACAAGGCGAUCGCCGGGAAGCUGGAGUCGCCGGACGUCGCCGCGGCAACGCCGGCGAAGCCCGGGAAGUCGCACCAGGGGGCGCGGACGGGGCUGUCGCGCAUGAAGCAGAACAUCCGCAGCGUGUUCGGCGGCUCCGCGAAGCCGAAGCCACGAGAGGGCGCCACCGCCGACGACAGCGACGAUUCGCAGGCGGACGACGCGGCGGUGGCAGACGCGGCGUCGCCGCCAGAGGGGGCGCCACUGAUCUUGCACCCGGGCGACGCGAUGGCGCACCGGCUGAAGGCGACGAAGGCUCGCCGCGGCGACACGUGCGCCGCCUGUCGUCGAGCCGUCGUCGCCGGCAGCAAGGCAUACAAGUGCGCCGCCUGCAAGGACGUCUACCACGCCCGCUGCACGCCCGUCGCCCCCUGUCCGAAACACGCGCGGGACAGUGGCGCCCCCCGGGAGAAACCCGCCGCCGCCGCCGCAUCUCAGCAGCCUGACGUUGCCCUGUCGCACCGCCCCGUACUUCACGCGAGACAUGAAGGACUAGCGCGAAAGUCCGACAUCGGCAAUCCGAGGACAGAGUGGACGUCCGUUGGGACAUUCCGAGUAUAUCAGGAACCGCUAAGCGUUUUGUCAAUCGCAAAGCCUCCUCUCAAUCCCGAAUUGCGUCAAAACUCCGUCAAGACCCUCCGCAUCUUCCCCACCGACAUACCACUGAAGCAGAAUAAAUAUCCGGAGAUCUCCGUCAUCGGGUAA